GCCCUCAGCCCCCUGCACGGAGACAUCCGCCGAGGCCUACUUCCGGGAGGAAGUGACGCAACCAUCCAACUUCCGGUCCGGGAGGCUCGGCCCCGCCUCCGCGCCGGGCACCUUAAAGGGACCGCGACCCCCAGGAGGAUUGAAGGAGACCGGUGGGGACGGGGCGGGGCGCAGCUUUGCGGAGCCCUAGAGCAGCUCUGGGGAGGGGGACGACCGAAACGGGGGCGGUGGUCGGGCCGCACAGGCGGAGAUGGAAUGGGGCCCAGGCUCAGACUGGUCACGGGGGGAGUCUGCCGGCGUGGACCGCGGGAAGGCGGGGCUGGGGAUCGGCGGGAGGCCACCCCCGCAACCGGCCCGGGAUGAGCGCGCCCAGCAGCUGCUGGACGCGGUGGAGCAGCGGCAGCGGCAGCUCCUGGACACCAUCGCCGCCUGCGAGGAGAUGCUGCGGCAGCUGGGCCGCCGGCGCCCGGAGCCGGCUGGUGGCGGGAACGUCUCAGCCAAACCCGGAGCGCCCUCCCAGCCAGCUGUCUCUGCCAGAGGUGGCUUUCCAAAGGAUGCUGGUGAUGGAGCUACGGAGCCUUGACCGUCCCCGAGCCGGGCAUCCUGAUCUCUCUCCCUCCCUGGGGCUGGUAGCUGGACUCUGAACAACUCCCUUCAAUAAAGGGUCGUCUUCACUGGCAGUGGCUGUCACUUGGCUUUCAGCCUGGGGUGGCAGCUCUGCUAACAGCUGGGUUCACUCCCACUUCAUCCUGGCUGAAGGCGGUGCUGUGCUUUGAAAUGUAGCCAACGAAUACCCAGUCUGAUUACCGGAAUGUGGGCAGACCAGCAGUGCUCGCCAGCAUGAUCUGGUCUGCUUUGGGGGAAUUAGGUGGUGUUAAUGUCCAUUUCAUGCUUUGGGGGCUCCUAGCCCCAUAAAAAAAUCUUCAGCAGAGCCUUGAUUAAAAGGAAACCUGCAGACUCUC